AACGCGCCGCCCGGAGAAGGCGCAUCGCGACCACCUCGCGCGCGAGAAAGGAGAAGAGGUCAGUGGUCAGUGGCGGAUCGGCUGGCAUUGGCAGCCACGACGAGCGCUGGUGCACGCGUUUUCGACGGACGGAGGUGCAUUCGGACGGUACGUCGUAUCCGUUGGCUCCGCGCGCGCGACACUCAGCGAGUCCGUGUGCGUGCGCGUGUUCGUGUGUAUUGCUCUUGCUCGGAGGAUCACGUGAUCAUCCUCCAGUUCUCGGCGGCUGGCUCUCGUGCACAGUGCGGCAGCGGCAGCAGCAGCGGCGGCAGCAGCAGCAGCGGCGGCAGCAGCAGCACGCCAGUGCCAGUAGUCGACUCUGACUCGGCCGCGCUCUGUCCCUGGUGCGCGUUGUUCGCUUUGUUUUGUUGUUGCGUGUGAAGCUUCGCGGUCCGUCGCUCGCGCAGCGUCUCUCGAGAGAUGCGGCGCUCGAGGCGCGCAGCCACGCGCGCGGCAACCUGUCACCACUAGCCUCGCCGAGCGCGACAGCAAUCGCCAACGCAGCUGCAUUCGAAGGACCACCUCGGAGACAUGGACGUGAUUGGCGACGGCGACGAGCAAACCCUCCAGGCGAUUCUCGGAAGGGGCGAUUUCGUCGCUGGAAUAGACAACGAGGCGCUGGACUUUUCGCAACUGGAAGAUUUCAUCAACAGCGACAGCGAGCAGCCAGCCACCUACUUCGCGGACACUUUGUCGCACAACGAGAACAGCCCUCCAGCGGGUCAUGGCGCGCAGCAGCAGCAGCAGCAGCAGCAGCAGCAAGCACAGCAGCAGCUUCCGGCGAGGUUGCCCUCGCCGAUCGCGCAAAUUCAUCCCACGGCCACGGCCACCUGCGGUGCUCCAGUCGGCGCCAGCUACAAGGACCCACAGUCUUACAUGCUUCCCUUUUGUUAUAUCCGCGAGGCACAGGUACAGUCCGACAUCUCGGACGUCAUCCAACUACCCACCUCCGAACAUGGCCUGCCCGACAGUCCGCCGGACAGCGGCAGCGAGCCGCCGUAUUCUCCACCCGGGCAUCACGACGCUCGCCACGUUCACUCCCCGCAUCAGAAAGGCAGCAACCUGGCGGUGGCGGCGGCGGCGGCAGACGUGUUGCUGCAGCAGCAACAGCAUCAUCAUCAGCAGCAGCAGCAGCAGCAGCAGCAGCAGCAGCAAGCCAACGCGGUGAGCUACGCUCCGACGGCUACGCUGCUCCCGCCGUCUCAUCGGGGCUUGAACGGCGCGCAAGACUCGUUGCUACUGUCGCACCCGGUGUUGACGCCUCUGCUCACGGCCUCGGCGACGUUGCAGCAGCAGCAGCAGCCGUCGCAAGCGCAAGCGCCGUUACUCUCACUGUCCCACGAUCAGCAGCAACAGCAGCCGCAACAGCAGCAGCAGCAGCAGCAACAGAGCGCCAACGGCAUCACGACGUUGUACACAUCCCUGCAGCCCGCUCCGAAGAAGCGAAAGCACAGUCAGGAUGGCCUUGUACACGUCAAGCAGGUAUAUAACGAGCCGGAGCUGGGAACGGUGGAGCACAGCUGCAGCAGCAGCAGCAGCACGGGCCUGGACAACGAGGACGCCAACGCCGACAACAACUACUCGGACGCCAGUUACCAGUGCAUCCGCUUCCAUCCGUUCCAGCAGACCUCGUGGCACGCGCUCUGCGACCACAACCUGAAGGAGCUGCCGGUGCCGCAUUACCGAGUGGACGCCGACAAAGGCUUCAAUUUCAGCAACUCCGACGACGCCUUCGUUUGCCAGAAGAAGAAUCACUUUCAGAUCACUUGCCACGCGCAGCUGCAAGGCGAAGCCGUCUUCGUGAAAACCGGCGAGGGUCUGAAGAAGAUCAGCAGCUUCCAGCUGCACUUUUACGGCGUGAAGGUGGAGUCGCCCGCGCAGACGAUCCGAGUGGAGCAGAGUCAGAGCGACAGAAGCAAGAAGCCCUUUCACCCCGUCGUGAUCGAAAUGGGCGGCGAGCGCGUGACCAAAGUGACCGUCGGACGGCUGCACUUCAGCGAGACCACGAGCAACAACAUGAGGAAGAAGGGCAAGCCGAACCCCGACCAGAGGUACUUUUACUUGGUGGUCGGGCUGCACGCGCACACGGCCGAUCAAGCCAACUACCAGGUGGUCGCGCACGCCUCCGAGCGGAUCAUCGUGAGGGCGAGCAACCCCGGGCAGUUCGAGUCGGAGGGCAGCACGGCGGGCACCGAGAGCACUUGGCAGCGCGGGGCGGCGCCGGACAGCGUCUACCACGCCGGCCGCGUGGGCAUCAACACCGACAGGCCGGACGAGGCGCUCGUGGUCCACGGCAACGUCAAGGUGACGGGCCACAUCGUGCAGCCGAGCGACGCCAGAGCCAAGCAGAACGUGCACGAGCUCGACACGCGCGAGCAGCUGCGCAACGUGCAGCAGCUGAGAGUGGUGCGCUACCGAUACGCCCCCGAGUUCGCGCAGCACUCCGGCCUGGGCGUCAGGACGCACGAGGACACGGGCGUCAUCGCUCAGGAGGUGCAGCAGAUCCUGCCCGAGGCCGUGCUGCCCGCCGGCGACAUCGUUCUGCCCAACGGCCAGAGAAUCGAGAACUUCUUGGUGGUCAACAAGGAGCGCAUUUUCAUGGAGAACAUUGGCGCCGUCAAGGAGCUCUGCAAAGUGACGGACAGUCUGGAGACGAGGAUAGAUCAACUGGAGAGGAUCAACAAACGACUGGCUAAGUUAAAGAGAGGCGAUAGUCUUAAGAGUUCGAUUAGUUCGGUAUCCAAUGUGUCGACCAGCAAAUACUCAUCGAUCAACGCCAAGUCUUCGUCGUCGUCGUCGUCGUCGUCGUCGUCGUCGUCGUCGUCGUCGUCAUCGUCGUCGUCGUCGUCAUCGUCGUCGCCGUCACCGCCGAGCAAAUCCAAGGACAGGGACGACGAGCUUCUAUGUAGCAAUAAAUUCAUACAGAUCAUCAUCGUCAUACUGAUUCUCAUCAUGGCAUUCUGUCUCGUGGCGAUGGCGACGCUUUACUUUUUGGAGUACCAGAAGCGUAGCAGCAUGGAGUGGACGGCGAUGGCAGGUAGCGGUAUCCUCGCAAUCGGUCCUUCCCACACAAACAUGCUCCAGUCAUCGUCGUCAUCGUUAUCGUCGUCGUUGUCGUCGUCUUCGUCAUCGUCGUCGUUGUCGUCGUCGCCGUCGUUGCCGUCGUCGAGCUACGACCCCAAGACGAACCCACUGUUCCGCAGCACAGCAUCGCCGUACACGAGGCACGGUACUCAUCCGAGUACCAUCACCGACCACAAGAAUCUCAAGAAUCUCAUGUCCACGCAGUCGCCCAAGCAACAUCUAUAUUCGCAGGAGAUUACGUGGUAUCCCAUGAGUCAUCACCCUGGCUCGCCGCCCAAAGUCGACAAGAAUGAGUUUCCGAGCAAUUGGCUGAGCAAAAAUGGACCUGGCGCAGUACCCAGUAACGUCGACGAAAACGAUCCGGGAACCUACGUAGACGCACCACCGACUACCAAGGGACCCGUUGCUUUGGGAAAACCAGCCGAAUGCUCGACGCAGUUUGCCGAGCUUGAAAGCCCCUGCCAGGUCUAUUGCUGCACUGCCGAGAUCCAUCAAUUAGAGAACCCGCAGAACGAGCCGCCCGCAGAAAAGAAAGCCAUGUCGGAGCACUUGGAGCAGCCGUUGAGCAUACACGAAGAGAAGCGCAAACUGAGCAAGGGCCUUCAGAAUGGCAUCAGCCCUUCGGAGCCCAGCACUCAAACACUCGUCAAAGAAAGCAACUACAAGUACCUGCACAAGCGGAACCGGCGCAGCGCGGGUAGUGCUAGCGACUGGGGCGAAGUGGCGAGUAACGCCGCCGGCUCGUUGCCGCCAGAGCCCAAGCCACAGCUCUUCGUCUCCGCCAAGAGCUUCAACGCUUCGCUGGAUCAGCGCUAUUGCUCGGUGGCAGCCCCGAACGCGCCCAACAACUUCAGCUGCAUCGUGCCUCUGUCCAAGUACAUGCCCGACACGCAGUUGGCGCUGCGCUUCGUUGGGAUGCCGUGGUACUGGCAAGUGGUUCAGCAGUGCACACCGCCGACGACAACCGGCCUCGACGAGGGGAUCAACUGCGGCUGGGGCUUCGCUAACGGCAAAGGCUCGCCGCAGGCGCACUUCACCGAGAACCCCAAUCAACCGGGCGACCAGUCUUUCCUCCUGGACGUUGCCAAUUACAUGCGAAAAACGCUGAGGUUCCGCGUGCCCAUUGUGCAACCGCAAGAAAAUAUUUGUAAGAACAGGCAAGCCGGCGAAUACAUCGAAUUCGUGCUGCAUUUCUAUCGCGAUUGCGAGGAAUAAGAAAGAGAUCGAGACAAAACGCUGCUGUGUACCCGCGAAACUCGAUUGAACAAAGAUCAACAUAGGAGGCAGGUAUCCGUAUCGCUACACCAUCAAGGUCAACAACUUUCAUUACAGAGUUCGUCUCUCUCACCGGUACAAAGUGGAGGUUUGGCUUUUCCUUCGUUCGUCUUCUUUUUUUUUCGCUGCGUAACCAGUAAUGCAAUAAUCAUUGUCAAUCAACUUGCCGCGCCGAACUCAAGGCAACUUUAACUACAGCGUCUCCUUUACAAUCAUUUGAAGAUGUGCAUGUUACGAAAAAAAAAGUCUUUGUUAAAAAGGCAACUGAUUUCCGUAACGAACUACACGAGAGAAGAUUUUUUUAUGCGCACGACUUGAUCAUUGGUUAGUGCAAUCUCUAUCUGAUAUUACUAUUAAGAUUACGCCUUAAAAGAAAAUUGAUAGUAAAAAAUAAUAUUGCAACUCUUAAAAAUUAUUCCAACGAUUGUGUACGAUAAUUGUCUUUCGGCACUAAAACUCGAGUUUUAAUACAUCAAUUUUUUAAGAUGCAAUAUUAGAUUAUUGAUGACGAUAAUGUUGUUAUAUAUACAAUGAGCGCAUUGUUUAUCUUGACUCUUUAUUAAUAAUGAAAUCUUCAACGUUCUUCUGUAGAGUUAUCAGAAUAAUUAUAGUUUUUAAAAAACUUACUCACAUUUUUACGAACAAAAUAAGAAAAGAAAGCUAUGUGUACGUUUCGCAAAACAAAAGAACAUUUUUAUAAUCGCUAAACAUAUCUCCAUUAAUCAUACUUUUGUAGUGCCUUUUCGUAACUGUACGAACAAUGAGGAAAAAGUAUUAUACAAUGUUUGAAGAAGUCUAAUUUAGCUUUAAAAGACUCGCGUAUUUUAUGAUUUUCAAAGAAAACUUUUAGUUAAGUCCUAGUGUUUAGUUUAUUUGAGAUUCAAAACCCCGUUGUUAAUAAUGAGUAAAGUUUAAGAUCAAAAUAAUUAUCAAGAAUUUAGAAAUUCCAAAUAAUUCUGAUAACUCCUUAGAUCAAUAAAAUUUACCUUUACUCGGAUCUAUAAAAAUAUAUCUUAAAGUAUACUUGUGUAGUUAAAAACUCAUUCAAAUCUAUAACGUUCUUUUUGUACAUAGUUCUCUAUAAUGUAUUUAUUGAUGCACGAUCUAUUGACAUAAAUUUCAUUCAUGACAUUGAAAAUGACUUGAAUUUUUAUUUAUAAGUAUAUCUUUAGUCAACAGAUAGUUAGUAGAGUAUAUUGAUAAAAAAGUAUUUAGCGCGAGGUUUACAAAUCUUAUAUUUUAAGUAAUUGUAAAUACAUCGUUUUAAAGUAUAAUGUGAAUUAAGUUUGGUCUACGUUUAGACGCUAUGCCACUGAUAUUACAUAUCUAUAAUAAACCUAGAGCAUUAAUGAAAUACGUUUUGUUCUUCAUACUUGUUUAUUUCAUGUUUUCAUUUUGGACUUUUUGUAAAAAGAAUUUAAGCAAUAUACCUUAUUGCAAUUUAUCGUUGUAGAAUUAAGCUUGAAAUCAGCGAAAAGUUGAACUGUUUGCACAUUUUUAUUGUCCGUUUAUGUACGUUACACGCAUUGAGAUAAUAAAUGUAAGUAAUUAUAUGACCAUAUUGACCAUUGUCCAUUGAUUUUCCCAAUAAUUUCUUUCAUAUAUCAAAUUUACCUACUUA